AUGCUGUGCGCAAUUUCGGGAGAGGCACCGCAAGUGCCAGUCGUCUCGCCCAAGAGCGGCAGCGUGUUCGAGAGACGUCUCAUCGAGGCAUAUAUUGCCGAAAACGGAAAAGAUCCAGUAAAUGGAGAGGAACUCUCGGUCGACGAACUCAUCGAAAUCAAAAGCCAACGCGUUGUCCGGCCCCGACCUCCUACCCUUACAUCCAUUCCCUCAUUGCUCAGCGUGUUUCAAGAAGAAUGGGAUGCGCUGGCGCUCGAAACUUACACAUUGCGUCAGACCCUUGCCCAGACGCGGCAGGAGCUGAGCGCAGCUCUCUACCAACACGAUGCUGCUGUACGAGUCAUUGCGAAGUUAACAAAGGAAAGAGACGAAGCUCGCGACGCUUUGUCCAAGGUGACUGUUAGCGCCGGUCGCGCCGGAGGUGAAGAAGCUAUGCAAAUAGACUCAACCGGCUUACCAGACGCUGUACUUGCAAGAAUUGAAAGCACACAGGCGUCGCUGUCCAAGACACGUCGCAAGCGACCUAUUCCCGAAGGCUGGGCUACAAGCGACGCCCUUUCUACAUAUAAGCCCACUGAGACGUCCGAGCCUCUCUGCCAAGGCGGCAAGGCCCUAGCCAUUAACGCGGCCGGGGACAUGGCUCUCGUAGGGGGUGCUGAUGGCACUGUCGGUGUCUACUCCCUGUCCGAGAAACGUGUCGUUGGUAAUCUGCAGACAAGCGGCCCGGUUACCAGUGCUGUAUGGGCUGGUGACAAGGCAGUCAUUGCGUCCUCUACGGGUGCCGUCCAGGUCUUUGAGAAUGGCAAAGAACUGGCGAACUUUGGUUCUCAUGCUGGUUCAGCAACGGAUCUUGCUCUUCAUGCUACUGGCGACAUAGUCGGCUCCGUUGGCGUUGAUAAGAGCUAUGUGUUGUAUGACCUGACAACUAACUCUGUCAUCACUCAAAUAUUCACAGACGCAUCUCUUCAUACCGUCGCAUUCCACCCGGAUGGGCAUCUCAUCGCUGCUGGUGGCGCAGACGGUCAGAUCAAGAUUUUCGACGUUAAGUCUGGCGCCGCGGCCGCCAACUACGCCAUGUCUGGUUCCGUCAAGUGCCUUUACUUCUCCGAGAACGGCACGUUCCUUGCUGCAGUGGCAGAUAACUCGACUGUUCUGUCCAUCUGGGAUCUCCGCAGCUCGAAGGAGAUCAAGGUUCUGGAGACGGGCAGCCAGAUCGAUUCUAUCUGCUGGGAUUACACUGGGCAGUUCCUUCUAACUGGUGGCCCCAGCGGAGUGACCGUUCAGCAAUACUCGAAAGCGUCCAAACAAUGGUCGGAGCCUUUGCGCAGCGCGGUGCCAGCAGUAGCAGUGGCUUGGGGCUCUGCUGCCCAGAGCAUUGUGGCAUUGAACAGCGAAGGUGGAGUCACAGUUUUGACAGCCCAGGAGUCAUGA